AUGCCAACAUCGGAAAUACUAGUCCGCCCGGGAAGUGUGCAGGAGGUUAGAGAAAUCGCCCGCAUCACCGGCCUCCAAAUCCUCUACUCCGGCGGCGUCAUCCGCGGCCUGACAAACUGGGGCCCAUUCCGCCUGCCGCGCCCCAUCACAAAACACCAGACAAAAUACUCAACAGGCCACCACUUCAUUAUGCGCUUCGACUCGUCGUCCGCCGUGCAGCAAUCCGUACGCAGAACCCUUGGCCUCGAUCCUCGUAUGAUCCGUUUCUCGGUGGUUAAGUUGGGCAAUAAGUUGGAGGAGAUUAAGGAUGUGAGCGGCAGCGUGGAGUGGAAUCAGACUCGGCAGUUGAUUGGGGAUGAUUUGGGGGUUAAAGUUCCGUUUUCGAGCCUGCGGAGGUGA